AAUCGAGGAGAGGGGGGACGGACAGUCAGGAUGGGGUCCAGCUGAGGGCCCUGGGCUCCCCAUUGAUGCUCUAUUCAGGCUGAGUGUCCCGGAAUCUUAGAACCUGGAUUUGUGUGAGCUGCGGUGGUUCCCAGACCUGGAGGGUCCCUCCGGCAGGCCCGUGGUGCCCCCGUUUUGCACCAGGACCCCCCCUCGGAUGCUCUGAGCCACCCUCCUCAACCCGGAUCUAAAACCCGGGACACAGCUCUCAGGCCAGCCUCUCUCUCCACCCCAACCCCCCUUUCUGGCGUCCAUCCCCUCCCCAACACCACCUUUGCUGCUGCCUCUGGCUGUGGACCUGCACCUCUUCCCCAUCCCCUCCAGGCCCAGGGAGCAGGGGGAACCUGGAUGAGAGCCCCCUCAACCUGGGGCUCUCCCAGGCCAUGGCCCAAGUGCUCCCAGGGAGGAGCCCCGGACCCUGAGCAUCUGCUAGAGGCUUGGCAGAGGCUCCGCGGGGACCGUGUCUUCUGAGGACAAAAGGCGGCGGCCAGCAGGCAGACAGGGGGGGUGGGGGGUGGCGGAGGGACCGGCAGCCAGACGGGCAGACGGGUAGCAGGGGCCAGCGCUGGCCCCCUCCCAGCUUGGCGGUGGCAUGAAGAUGGGGGUGGGAGUGUGUAGUGGGGGAAGCACCUGCCCGGACCCCCACCUGCCAGCUAGCUGGGCACCCCAAGGCUGUGUGCUGCCCACCUGGUGUUCCCUAACACCCCCAGCCCUGCUCAGUGCACCCCUCCGGUGCCUGCUUCCCCUGAUGUCUGCGAUUUAGACCAGCCCAGCUGUAUCCACGGCAACAGAAGCAGGAGUGUCACUGGCCGCCAGAUCACGGAGGGUCCCACAAUGUGGCCUGGGAUGUGAUUUAUCCUGGGUGAGACAGCUUGAGCUCCCUCCCUGGAUUCCAAGACAGCCCUGCUGAAAGGAGCCCAGGUAGUAGACUUUUGCUCACUCACCACCGAAGAUAUUGCUGCGAUUCCAAGAUAGGGGGAGGAAGCCACACUGUAGGGCUAAAAGGAAGGGAAAAGAGCCACAUCAACAUCCCUGCCCCACAGACCCAUCAACAUAGCAAACAGGUGCAGCCCAGCAGGACAACUGAUGGAGUCCCCCAGAGCCCAUCGAGUACCGGGCUGGCUGACUCCAUAGGGUUGGGAGCACCCCCUGCCCUUCAUUAUGGCCAACACCACUGGAGAGCCCGAGGAGGUGAGCGGUGCUCUGUCCCCACCAUCAGCAUCGGCGUAUGUCAAGCUGGUGCUGCUGGGACUGAUCAUGUGCGUGAGCCUGGCGGGCAACGCCAUCUUGUCCCUGCUGGUGCUCAAGGAGCGUGCCCUGCACAAGGCUCCUUACUACUUUCUCCUGGACCUGUGCCUGGCCGACGGCAUCCGCUCUGCCGUCUGCUUUCCCUUUGUGCUGGCUUCUGUGCGCCACGGCUCCUCAUGGACCUUCAGUGCGCUCAGCUGCAAGAUUGUGGCCUUUAUGGCUGUGCUCUUUUGCUUCCAUGCGGCCUUCAUGCUGUUCUGCAUCAGCGUCACCCGCUACAUGGCCAUCGCCCACCACCGCUUCUAUGCCAAACGCAUGACACUCUGGACAUGUGCAGCCGUCAUCUGCAUGGCCUGGACCCUGUCUGUGGCCAUGGCCUUCCCACCCGUCUUCGACGUGGGCACCUACAAGUUUAUCCGUGAGGAGGACCAGUGCAUCUUUGAGCAUCGUUACUUCAAGGCCAAUGACACGCUGGGUUUCAUGCUUAUGUUGGCCGUGCUCAUGGCAGCCACACAUGCUGUCUAUGGCAAACUGCUCCUCUUUGAGUAUCGUCACCGCAAGAUGAAGCCAGUGCAGAUGGUGCCAGCCAUUAGCCAGAACUGGACAUUCCAUGGCCCUGGGGCCACCGGCCAGGCUGCUGCCAACUGGAUCGCUGGCUUUGGCCGUGGGCCCAUGCCACCAACCCUGCUGGGUAUCCGGCAGAAUGGGCAUGCAGCCAGCCGGCGGCUGCUGGGCAUGGACGAGGUCAAGGGUGAGAAGCAGCUGGGCCGCAUGUUCUACGCGAUCACACUGCUCUUCUUGCUCCUCUGGUCACCUUACAUCGUGGCCUGCUACUGGCGAGUGUUUGUUAAAGCCUGCGCUGUGCCCCACCGUUACCUGGCCACUGCUGUUUGGAUGAGCUUCGCCCAGGCUGCCGUCAACCCGAUCGUCUGCUUCCUGCUCAACAAGGACCUCAAGAAGUGCCUGAGGACUCACGCCCCCUGCUGGGGCACAGGAGGUGCCCCAGCUCCCAGAGAACCCUACUGUGUCAUGUGAAGCAGGCUGAUAGGCAGACAGACAGGGUGAAGGUCAUGGCCACCAUGAUGGGGCUAACAGAAAGGGAGGGGUAGGGCCCCAUGCAGGAGCCUUUCUUUCUGAGCUCCAGCCCCAGCCCCUCAAACCACCCGGAAUCUAGGCACCUUUGCCAACACCUCCCCAGGGGUGGGGGACUGGGAAAGAGGUGUUUCUAGUUCUAGGGCCUGUCUCUGCUGCCGCCUUUUCCACUUCUACAAUCUCUUUCCUCUCUCUCUCAUUCUCUCUCUCUCUCUCUCUCUCUCUCUCUCUCUCUCUCUCUCUGAAAAAGAAAACAAAA